AUGACUAUUGACGACCAACGCCAGAUUUGCGUACGUGACAAAGAGGUGUUUAACUUGUACGAGUUCUUUCGCACUCGUUGGUCCCUCCAUCACAGAGUUUACAAGCACAAAACAAGAGCACCGAUAGAAGAUUUGCUAGCAAAGGCGUUUCAAGUCGUCGACAAAAUUAUGAGAAUUUCAGAAGCUGUAAACGAUAUGAAACGAUACACGGUCCUAACAGAUAGUAUUUUUUAUGAUAUUUUGAGGAAAAAACACUGGAAAAAUGCAGUCAAGAAAGCGCAGGAGUUGAUAAAAUGCAUACAAGAACGGAAAAUUUACAAGUUUUGCUGCCAAAGUCCGCCACAAUCGAAGGAGAACUUCCCCAGUAAAGAUGAGGUCGCUUCCGCAUUGGUUGAACUAUCAAAAGGACAAUUGAAAAUGGAGGACAUAUUUGUUUCCAUAGUGUGGUUCGACUUUGGCAUUAAAGGUAAAAAUCCUGUUGAUGCCGUGACGUUUUUCAAUAAAUCUCACAAACCAGUAGAAAUAAAAGUUGAAGAACUUACAGACUUGCUGCCACAAAAUUUCCAUGAAAUCUACGUUAGAGUUUAUGCAAAACAACCAGAACAAAGACACCUUAUCGAACAAUGUGUGAAGAAAUUCUUCUCCUAA